AUGAAGCUCCUCUCCCUCAGCCUGGUCAGCCUGGCGCUGAGCCUGCUCUCCAGCACGCUCGCCCACCCCACCAUUCCUUCCGUGCUUACAGCGGAAGAAAUCGACCGCAUCAGCAUGCUCUCCCACUCCGAAAAGGUCGAGUUCGCCUCGCAGAUCCUCGCACUUCGAACCGCCUAUGAGUCGCACAAACAGCAGCUCGCCCGUCGAGCUAGUCCCUCGGGCUCCUUUUCACCGGCCAACAUGCCCUGUCCCAACCGCACCGCGGAGCAAACUGUCGGCUUCAUCCGCCCCGCUGGCACGAAGCAGCUGUCUACCGGCGAGAGCGAGUAUAUAUCUCGCCGACGGAGCGGGACUCAGUCCGACUGGGCGACAUGGCUGCGCGACUCUGCGAAGCUCGACAGCGCGCUGCCGGGAGGGGUGUCGAACUACACCAGUGACACGUCGCGCUUGCCGCGCCUCGGAUUCGCGCUGAGCGGCGGCGGCUUGCGCGCUAUGCUGGUCGGCACCGGAACGCUUCAGGGCUUUGACGGGCGAAACGCUACCGCCAACACCCGCGGAACAGGUGGACUGCUGCAGUUGGCCGAAUACGUCGCUGGUCUCUCCGGUGGAUCGUGGGCCACAGCCUCGCUCGCCAUGAACGACUGGCCAACCACCCAAUCGCUCAAAGAUACCGUCUGGAACCUCCGUUCAAACCUCGUCGUCCCCGCCGACGGCAAGGUCGGCUUCUACGCCAGCAUCGUCGCCGCCGUCGCCGGAAAGAGGCAUGAGGGCUACCAAACGAGCUUGACCGACUACUUCGGCUUGAGCAUCGCCGACAAGAUCCUCAAUGGCAGUCGAAUCGGCAACAAGUUUUCCAUCGAAUGGUCGGAUGUGCGCAACACGUCGAGUUUUACCGAUGCCAGCAUGCCGUAUCCGAUCAUCAUUGCGGAUGAGCGCGAGCCAGGCGAGUUGAUCAUUCCGAGGAAUACCACCAUUUGGGAGUUCAAUCCGUACGAGUUUGGGACGUGGAAUCCGAACGUCUCUGCGUUCAUCCCCAUCGACAUCCUCGGUUCCUCGCUCAACAAUGGCACCAGCGUGCUUCCCAACGGAGAGUGCGUGGGGGGUUACGAGACGGUUGCCUGGGUCACGGGUACCAGUGCCACCCUCUUCUCCGGUCUCUACCUCUCCCUUCUCACCACUUCGUCCGAUAGCAUCAUCGUCUCUGCGCUGCGACAGAUCGCACAAGCCGUGUCGGACGAUCAGAACGAUGUCUCUUCCGUUCCCAACCCCUUUUUCGGCUACACUUCCGAAAUCUCCGAUCUGCGCAACAUUACGCUUGUCGAUGGCGGGUUGGACAACGAGAACAUUCCGCUGUGGACGCUUGUCGAGCCCGCCCGUGGGUUGGAUGCCAUCAUCGCCAUCGACUCGUCCGCCGACGUCUCGAGUUGGCCCAAUGCCAGUGCGAUCUAUCAGACCUCGCUUCGCGCGACCGACCCGGCGUAUGCGCAGUACGCCUUUCCCAAAAUCCCCGAUACCAACACGGUCAUCAAUAGGGGGUUGAACACUCGACCGGUGUUUUACGGGUGCAAUGCUUCCGAGGCCACCAAUGCAGGUAGCAGCUUUAAUGGGACCAAGACGCCACUCAUCGUGUAUCUGCCCAGCUACCCCUACAGCUAUCUGGCGAACACGUCGACGUUUAAGCUCGAUUACUCCUCCGCCCAGGCCCAAGGGGUCAUUGAUAACAGUGUGGAUGUUGCCUCUCUCGGUGGAGCCGAUAGCACCUGGCCGACGUGUCUUGGGUGUGCGUUGUUGCAGCGCGGGUUCGAACGGAGUGCAACGACGGUGCCAGAGGUGUGCACGCAGUGUUUGGAAAAAUGGUGCUGGGACGGCGUGACCAACACGACCCAGCCGAGCUGGAGUUAUUCGCCAGCGAUCGGCGUGCCCGAGUUUGUGAGGAGCAACGGAACGGUGCAGCGCGAGCCGGCGUACACGGGUGGGAAUGGAACCAACGGUGGAACGGGAGAUGCCAAUACGAGUAGCGAUAUGGCUAGCACGAAUGGCGCGGUGAAUGGAGCAAGGCGUGCAACAGGGUUGCUGGGAUUGGUCGCACUGGUCGCUGUCGGUUUGACCGUCUGA